AAAAGAAGAAGAGAAAGAGGAAAAAAGACGAAAUAAUAUAUAAUAAUAGAAUAUUAUUUAUACUGUGAUAUAUAGCCAAGCAUUGUUUUGUGUCUGCAAACCAGUAAUUGGAUAAACGAAUCAGUAGUAAUCCAGAACGACCAGUAGCAAACCAAUUGCGACAACAACAACAACAACAGCAGCAGCAACAACAGCAACAAGAGGAAAUUUAGCCAGCAGCAGAGGCAGCAACAGCAGCAGCUUUUACAAUGCCACUCUUUGGUAAAUCACAGAAGACGCCAGCUGAAUUGGUCAAGUCGCUGAAGGAGGCGAUAAACGCACUGGAAUCAGGGGAUCGCAAAGUAGAGAAGGCACAAGAGGAUGUUAGCAAAAAUCUGGUAUCGAUCAAGAAUAUGCUGUAUGGCAGCAGCGAUGCGGAACCGCCAGCAGACUAUGUAGUUGCGCAGCUAUCGCAGGAACUCUAUAACAGUAAUUUGCUGUUACUGCUGAUACAGAACUUGCAUCGCAUCGAUUUUGAGGGUAAGAAGCAUGUGGCGCUCAUAUUCAAUAAUGUGCUGCGCCGGCAGAUAGGUACCCGAUCGCCUACAGUGGAAUACAUAUGCACGAAACCGGAAAUCCUAUUUACAUUGAUGGCUGGCUAUGAGGAUGCACAUCCGGAGAUAGCCCUCAAUUCGGGCACAAUGCUGCGCGAAUGCGCCCGCUACGAGGCGCUGGCAAAGAUCAUGCUUCAUUCAGAUGAGUUCUUCAAGUUCUUUCGGUAUGUAGAAGUGUCAACGUUUGACAUUGCCUCCGAUGCCUUCUCCACGUUCAAAGAACUGCUUACACGCCACAAGCUCUUGUGUGCCGAAUUCCUGGACGCCAACUACGAUAAGUUCUUUGCUCAGCAUUAUCAGCGACUGCUGAACUCGGAGAACUAUGUGACACGACGCCAGAGUCUGAAGUUGCUCGGUGAACUGCUGCUCGAUAGGCACAAUUUCACUGUGAUGACGCGAUAUAUAUCAGAACCAGAGAACCUGAAACUAAUGAUGAACAUGCUGAAGGAGAGAUCACGCAACAUACAAUUCGAAGCGUUUCACGUCUUCAAAGUAUUUGUCGCGAAUCCAAACAAACCGAAACCGAUUCUGGAUAUCCUGCUGCGCAAUCAAACGAAACUGGUAGACUUCUUAACCAGCUUCCAUACGGAUCGAUCCGAGGAUGAGCAAUUCAACGAUGAGAAGGCCUAUCUGAUCAAGCAGAUAAGAGAGCUGAAACCGCUGCCCGAAGCUUAGUGGGCAGCUAUGACGAGAAAGAGAACCAGAACGAGAACGAGAACAUUUUGGCCUUGGCUGUAUGGCAGGAUGACGAUAGCGAAGACGAAAGCAGGAGGACAACAGACAAAGGACGUAGACAUAGAUACAUGUGUGUGCAGGGCGUGGAUUAAUCACAACCAAAGGCAAAUGCAUAAGCAAUUGCAAUACACAUACAAGAGACGAAGACAACGACGAUGACGAUGACCGAUGACCGAUGACGACAGCACUUGUGAGUAACUAAACAAUAAUUU